UCGGGACCUGAGAGGAAGAAGAUUAACAGCAUGUUUUCAGCAACCAGCUUCUGCAAAGAGAUGGGGAGAGGUCAAAAGGCUCCUCUGGCCUUGAUGAUGAUGAUGAUGAUGAGGAUGAUGGUGACCGAGGCGGCAGCCGUGCCGAAGGCGUCAAAGACGGUCCCGCUGCUGUUGGACCCCAGCGCUUUGGUUCCCACCAGGAUCAUCCGUCCGCUGCAGAACGUCUCCAUCUCGCCGUGGACGUACAACACCUCCAGCGACAGCUCCCUGCUGAUGCCGGCGCUGUCCGAGGCCCGAUGUCUGCUGCGGGGCUGCCUGAACUUAGAGGGGAAGGAGGACCUGAGCCUGGAGUCCAGACCCAUAAUGCACCAGGUCCUGGUGCUGCGCCGGGUCAGGGCGGCGGGCCACAGCUACGACUACCACCUGGAGUCACGCCUCAUCGCGGUGGGCUGCACCUGCGUGAAGCCCGUCGUUCAAGUCCAGCAGUGAGAACCACAGAGACUCACUUCCUGCCGGAAUCAAAC